CAAUUACGCCGGGCGGAGAGGGCGCAGGGCAGUCAGGGUGACGCCAUCACGCCGGGCGGAGGCCGAAGCGGCGCCGGGCCGUCAACAUGGUGGUCGGCGCUUUCCCCAUCGCCAAGCUGCUGAUGCUGGGAGUGAAGCAGGUCAGCCGCCCGCUCGCCAACACCCUCAAGGCCAACGCCCGGAGGAGCCCCUUCUUCAGGGCCUACAUCUGCCAGCCGCCGGCGCAGAUCUACCACUGGUUCGAGAUGAAGAUGAAGAUGAGGAUGAUGGGGUUCAAAGGUGCUCAGGUGCAGCCCUUGAACGAGGACGUGGCGGCAGACCUGGGCUCCGAACUGCUGGGGGAGGCCAUCGUCUUUCUGGUGGGAGGCGCUUGCAUCCUGGCCGAAUACCUACGGCAGUCAUCGAACACGGCCAAGAAAGAGGAGGAACUGCGCAGCACGCUGGACAGCCUGCAGGAGCAGGUGGCUCACCUCUCAUUGACUGUGGAGGAACUGGACGCGCGUCUUCGAGAAAACAACCGGCUCGUUCUGUCGCUGCCUGCUCAGGCCACAAAAGAAACUCUGGACCCAUCGAAGUGAAUGGAAGUUGAUGUGUUCAGACUGCUGCUUUGGGUUAAGAAGCCACAGAUACAGAUGGGUGUAACGUUAGGCGAGGACGUUUAAAUGGCCGCACACAUUGACUGGGUAGAUGUGUGCUCGCAGUGAUAUAUCUUCCCUCUGUGGCAACAAGCAAGAGCCUCCCGCAGGCAGGAAGAACAGCAUAGUUGGUUGACCUUCGCCCUAAAGAUUUGCUGAUCAUGUCCAGUCUAACUGUUGCCAUGUUUGUUUUAAGACCUUCCCCGCUCGAGCUGCUGUUAAGAGGUCGGAGACUGAAACUGUGAUCCAGCAGCCAGUGACUCGCAGAAUCCGUAUUAAACCUGCAGCAUUAUCACCAGUAAACCCAGGCGAACAGAACUCGCGGCUACCAGGAAAUCCACGCGCCUUUUGGGGAAUCUUUGUCCAGCACCACUUUCCAUUGAAGCAUGUUUCUACAAAACUUGUCUUUCCUCCAGCACUCGCUGAUACACUGACACAAAUGGACUAACAAAGUCAUGUCGUAACACGGAACGCCAGAUGCUGGUUUAUACCAAAGAAAGACAUAAAAUGGUGUAGUAACUCAGCAGGUCAGGCAGCAUCUCUGGGGAACAUGGAUGCAUGACGUUUCAGGUCGGGACCUUUCUUCAGUUUUCUGACCCGAAAUGCCACUAUCCAUGUUCUCCAGAGAUGCUGCCUGAUCCACUGAGUUACUCCUCCAUUUUAUGUAUAUUUUUGUAUAAACCAGCAUCUGGAGUUCCUUGUUACUACUUUACUGUUUAUCUGUGAUGUUUACCCCAGUAAAUGCACUUUGAGUUGUGUAAUCCUGGAGUCUGGCAGAAGCUAUUUUGGUGAUGAUGAUGUAAGAGUAUUAUUUUAUUGAACAUCUAAAUAAAAUGGUGGGGGAAUUAUCUUCAGGUCCCUGAAUUUAGGUUGCCUUUCCAGUGUAACUACACAGCCAGGGAUCUGUAAUUACUGGUUUACACCAAAUCAUACAAAGUGCUGGAGUAACUUAGCAAACCAGGCAGCGUCAAUGGAAAAUAGACAAAAUUACUGGAGAAACUCAGAGGGUGCGGCAGCAUCUAUGGAGCGAAGGAAAUAGGCAACGUUUCGAGCCAAAACCCUUCUUCAGACUUUGAUUCUCCAGCAUCUGCAGUUCUUUCUUGAGUAGCGUCAAUGGAAAACAUGGAGAGGUGACGUUUUGGGGCCCCUAUCCAUGUUCUCCAGAGAUGCAGCCUGACCUACUGAGUUAUUCCAGCACUUUGUAUCCUUCAGUGUAACUAGCUUCAGCUCAAUAACGCAGCCUGAACUGUAAAUGCUUUGAGUUUGUACAUUAAGUUGUUUCUGUCCUGAAAGAUUAAUUUUAUAGCAGUGUAUUUCUCAGAGAGCCUAGCUCUCUACCUGUAUUGUUGCCCCACUCACACUUUAUGGUACAACUUUCAUUGCAGAGCCCAAAAGUGGGAUUCAUCAUAUGGUAGAACAGAGAAACAUGCAUCUCACAAACUUCAAGGGGUAAAGGGCUUGUCACUAACCUAUUUGUAAAAUCAAAUGUAACAAUAAGUGUGUUGUCUCUUAGCUGCGUGCUAAGUUCAUUUUAAGCCAAAUCUUUUGCAACUGUACAGAAUGUGGCACUGUCAGUAUUUAACACAGCGUGUAAUACAGCACUUUCAACGUAGAAAAUCUCAGUUGCUGAUAAUUCCCCCACCACCUCUUCUGUGGAUAACUGCUUGUUGUGGACAGGCAUGUGGGGAAAGGAAUGUGACUCGAUUUUCAGGUGUGGGUCUGUACUGUAAAGAAGCGUUGAAACACA